UCUGCGGCGGGGAAUUUCCACGUCCCGGCGCUGCUCCACCUGCUUUAUCCACCCCCCCCCAUAAGUGCUAUGGGACCCCCGUACCUGGCAGCUGUACAGCCCCGAGCUGAUGGAAGGCAGCUCUGGGGCAGCACCGCGGGCAGCCCCCCCUGCGCUGCGGGCUGUCGCGGCGCUGAGUCCCCCGUUACGACACCCGUGUUCCCAUGGGGUCCCCUCCUGCCCGUCCCGUCCAUCUCCUCCCGCCGCAGCCCUGGCCCGCGGCCGCGAAUAGUUUGGCCUGGGCCACCCCGCGGUGCCGGAGCUUUGCCAACGGGCGGCACGGGGGGGCCGGGCGGUCUGGAAGGUUCCCGCGGCCCUAUAAAGGCGGCGGCAGAGCGGGGUGCCGAUAGGGACCAUGCCGGGCGCUUGGCUGUCGCUGCUGCUGCUGGCGGGGGGCAUCGCCCCCAGCGCCCGCGGGGACCCCGCCGCUCUGCUGCGGAGAGAGAACGACGGCAGCGGGCGAUGCACCUACAGCUUCACGGUGGCCAGUCCCGGCGAGGCCAGCUGCCCCGAGGCCGGUGCCGUAGCGCAGCUGAGAGACGAGCUGGCCGCGCUCACCGCCCGUCUGAGCCGCCUGGAGGGAGCGGGAGGUGUGGGGGGAAUGGGGGGCUCGGGGCCGAGGGGCGCUGAUGUGAGCGGAGUGUGGUCGCGGGGCCCCCAGCGAGCGGCCCCGGGGGGGUGCGAAGAGCUGCAGCGGGCCAAGGAGCGGCUGGAGGAGGAGAAGGGCAGGUUGGAGAGGGAGAAAGAGGAGCUGGGCCGGCGGCUGGAGAGCAGCGCCCGGGAGAUCGCCCGGCUCAGGGCCGCGCAAUGUCCCUCCGGAACGGGGGGGGUGCCCGGCCGCGACACCCUGCGCUCCGCCAGCAAAGCCCCCAGGUGGGAGCCGGAGCCCCUCAGCUACCAGGAGCUGCAGUCGGAGAGGACGGAGCUCCCCGCGUCCCGGCUGAUGGAGGAGACGGCGCUCGGCCGCCCGCGAGCCGAGGACUCGGGCUGCGGAGAGCUGGCGUGGGUGGGGGAACCGGUGGUGCUGGGCCGGGCCGACACCAUCGCCGGUAAAUACGGGGUGUGGAUGAAGGACCCCGAGCCCGUGGCCCCCUUCACGCGGGAGACCACGUGGCGCGUGGACACGGUGGGCACGGAGGUGCGGCAGCUGUUCCAGUACGAGGCGGCCGAGCAGCUGGCCCGGGGGUACCCCGCCAAGGUGCACGUCCUGCCGCGGCCCCUGGAGAGCACCGGCGCCGUCGUGUACCGGGGCGGGCUCUUCUUCCAGCCGCGCCGCUCCCGCGCCUUGGCCCGCUACGACCUGCGGGCUGAGGCCAUCUCUGCAGAGCGGGAGCUGCCGGACGCCGGGUACCACGGGCAGUUCCCCUACUCGUGGGGCGGCUACACCGACAUCGACCUGGCGGUGGAUGAGACGGGGCUGUGGGUGGUGUACAGCACCGAGAAGGCCAAGGGCGCCAUCGUCCUCUCCAAGCUGGACCCCGAGACGCUGGAGAUCCGGCGCACCUGGGAGACCAACAUCCGCAAGCAGUCGGUGGCCAACUCCUUCAUCAUCUGCGGGACCCUGUACACCGUCAGCAGCUACUCCGCGCCCAACGCCACCAUCAACUUUGCCUACGACACGGCCACUGGCACCAGCCGCAGCCUCAGCAUCCCCUUUGAGAACCGCUUCCAGUACCUCAGCAUGGUGGACUACAACCCGGCAGAGCGGCGGCUCUUCGCCUGGGACAGCUACAACAUGGUGGCCUACCCUGUGCGCCUCGUCCAUGCCUGAGCGCUGCCCGGCGCCCGGCCUCCUGCUGAUGAUCCUGCAAUGAAAUCCCGUUGUGCUCCUCAAAACAAAGCGCUUCCCCAGGGCUGAGCUGUGCCGGUGGAUGUGUCCCUGUCUGGCCCUUGAGGGUCUGAGUGGGUGCUGGUGGUUCCCAGCCCUGCUCCAGCAUCCUCAUAGCGCAGAGAUGGGAGCGGCAGGGUUCAGAUGGGCAGGUUGCUUGCCCAAUGCCCAUUGCCUUCCUGCUGGGACUGGUGAGGGGGCACCUUCAGCCAUGCUGGCCCUGCACUGCUCCUAUCCCAUCUGACCUUCUCUCACUUUGCCUUUCCAGCAGCUCUCCCAUGCUGCUUCCAGAGCCCGCAGUUAUCACUAUUUAUUGUAGAAAGGCUGUAGGAGUCUCGCUAACCCCUCAGCUUGGGGGGGAGACACCCCAGUAAAUGCUGCAGUAUUAAAUCAGAACAAACGUCUGAGUUUCAACCGCUGAAACACUGGAGAUUUGCUUAAUAAAAAUAUUAUUACAAGGUUCA